GACUGCGGACACAGUACAGGAGAUGACCAGAGACUGCGGAAAUAGUACAGGAGAUGACCAGAGACUGCGGACAGUACAGGAGAUGAACAGAGACUGCGGACACAGUACAGGAGAUGACCAGAGACUGCAGACAGUACGGGAGAUGACCAGAGACUGCGGACACAGUACAGGAGAUGACCAGAGACUGCAGAUAUAGUACAGGAGAUGACCAGAGACUGCGGACAUAGUACAGGAGAUGACCAGAGACUGCGGACACAGUACAGGAGAUGACCGGAGAGACUGCGGACACAGUACAGGGGAUGACCAGAGACUGCGGACAGUACAGGGGAUGACCAGAG